AAUCUCUCAAAUCUCUUACCACAUAGCCAGAAGUCAUAACAUCAAGUCAUUUCGAACAACAGUUAUGUGUCACGUGGUUAACUUAACAAUAGAGGUAUGCUAUAAUAUUGCGAUGUGUGAUAAAUAAAUAAAGACUUUUUUGUUGCAAUUUAUGUUCUGGAUGAUUGGUUCGACUUUCUUUCAAUACAUUGUAGCGAUUUGUACUUUUUUGUCCACAAAUUUUCUGUUGAAGUUCUGGAAAUAUCAGUGUGUUAUAUAGUGUACUUUUAUUUUAUAAAAUGAAUACGAGGAUGCGCAUCAGUUAUAUUUGCUUUGUUGCUGUUAUCCUAGCAUCAUCAUGGUUGGGAUGUACAGGUGAUGAACUGGUAUCUUCAACCCUCUAUAAGGAUCUGUUUGAAAAUUACAAUACGGAGUUAUUACCGGUAUGCAAAAAUGGGCCAAGUCAUGUGAACGUCAGUUUAAAUAUAGCUCUUAGACAAAUUCUUAUUUUGAAUGAGAAGGAACAGAUAAUGACGUCAAACAUUUGGGUUCGGAUGGGUUGGACAGACUGUCAAUUAAAAUGGAACAGUUCACACUACGGAUUUAUUGACACCCUUCGUGUCCCUUAUUCAGCCAUUUGGGUGCCCGACUUAGCUCUUUAUGAUAGUUCUGCUGAAGAGGUCAUGUUACCGGGAUUAAUUGAAUACCGGGGCAAAACUAAGCAGCAGUGGUACUGUCUACUAUGGCUUUCCAACGAUGUGUUACACAGCGUCUGUCGGGUGAGGGUCACAUAUUUCCCGUUCGACACCCACAAGAAUGUGGUUUGA